AUAUGUGUGUGUGUGUGUGUGUGUAUAAAUAUAUAUGAUUACUUCUACUAGAUACAUCGGUUCAUUUCGUGAUGUACUUUGGCCAAUUUCAGAUCAUCCAAUUACUCUUGCUGCCAGCGUUUACACUUACUUGGCAGGGAAACAGAGAUACAAACAGUCUGGUCCGUUUGAUUGGAGGCAGUAACCCAAGAGAAGGACGUGUGGAAGUGUUCCACAAGGGGCACUGGACUACCAUCUGUGAUGAUGAUUGGGAUGUGGCUGAUGCUACAGUUAUCUGUAGAAUGGUUGGAGACUACACGAAUGGCAUUCCCUUUUACAAUGCUCGUUUCGGAAAAGGUAAAGGAAAUAUAACAGUGACUGAUGUAAAGUGUCGUGGGAAGGAAUCAACCAUUUUUGAAUGCCCGUAUCGCGAGGAGAAUUAUUGUCUACACAAAGAUGAUGCUUCCGUAACCUGUUUCAAAAUGUCACAUGACACGAAAGAGAAAGAAGUCAGCACUUUACCUCAACGUAAGGAAACAAUAGAAAUAAAGGUACGAUUGGUGGGCGGUUUGAACAACACACGUGGACUUGUUGAAAUUUUCCAUCAGGAAAGUUGGGGAACAAUCUGUAAUCACGAAUGGAGUUACAAGAAUGCUCAAGUAAUUUGCCGAAUGCUAGGAUACAAAAACGGUGAAAAAUACGAGUCUCGUCUGGCAACCGGAAUCGUACCAUCGUACUCAGUGAAAUGUGAAGGCCACGAGCAGACGAUCAAUCAUUGUCCACUUGACUGGCCAAUGGAUGAGUGUCCAGACAAUAACUAUGCAGUAGGUGUUACUUGUACUAAUAACAAACAACAAUUGACACCAGUAUCAGCGUCUACCGAUCAUGCAUAUAAUGCAUGCAAACCAAUGAUCGUCUGUUUGUCUGCUCUAGUACCGUCUUUGAUUUUAUCUGUUUGUAACUUUUUGUUUGUUCGUCUGUCUAUCUUUUGAUAUUUUUGUCUUAUCUAUCAUGACUGAUUGGCAUGGAAUCAUUCUCCAAUAUAUCUCAACCAUCUCAGGCCAUAGAUGCACUCUCUCUUCACAUUACCUUUUUUACCUCUCUCUACUACACCGGUCUCUGCUCCUAAGAGUUUGACUUUUGUAUACCACAUCCAUCUAAGACCAACUAUUACACCAAUAUUUCCACAUCUCUUUUCUUCUCACCCCACUUCCCCUAGCCAGCACCAUUCCUUCAGUGUUCUGCUUUGUUACAUCCAGAAAUGGCUCUGACAAAAGUAGCAUCAAUCUUUUAGGCCGUUCAAUUUUUCUCAACUGAUCAAUGGAUCAAUUGAGUAAACCUGUCAGUAACGAACCUAUAACGACUACUGGAAACAGCUGUAAGCCAAAUUUAGUCCAAUAAAGGAAAAAUACGCAAUGACCCAGCCAUUUAACCACACACUUGCUUUUGGUGGUAUUUUUCUUUCACUGAACUUUUCCGUUUUCCUUUUUGAUAAAGAACCAUGGAAGAAAUAUCAAAGACCCUCCCUUUUUUCCACUUUUACUGAGCAUCGAACCAAUACAUUCCAUGUGCACGUCCGCUUUUUGUUUUGUUAUUGUCAUUUUUAAUGUUCGAUUAUUCGAUAUUGAGUAUUUUAUAUAUAUAUAGAUAUAUAUAUAUAUAUA